AAAACAUAUCAGUUGGGAGAAAUUUUCAGUAUUUUGUUAGAAUCUUUUCAUCCUAUUAUACAUACCAGUAUGAUUCAUCCUAUUUGAUAUGACUCCUCAAUUAUUUCCUGUUUACGUGACUCUUUAAAGUUAUCAAAGGUGCUGGAACGAGGCCUAUAUAAAUCCCUUUUGCUUCACCAUCUCUACUCACCACUUCAACCCAUACUCUCUACAUCUAUCUCCUUCUCUCCAAUCUUCAAUCUUCUUCGUUCCUAAUAGCAUUCUUCUUAUAUUCAUAAUGGCCACAGUCGAGGUUGUGUCAGCAACAUCAGCAUUCCACGCGGAGAAAGUUGAAGAAGCAAAGACAACAACUGAAGAAGCAGCCGCCACAGUUGAGGAAGUUGUCGCAGCACCAGAAGUGCCUAAACAAACCGAGACCACGACUACUACUACUACUCCUGCACCUGUCGUCGCGGAUGAGCCAGCAGAGGCAACCAAUGCCGAAGCCCCGGCAGCAGAGGAGGCCAAGGUCACUGAAGAGGAGGUUAAGGCAGAGAGUGUUCCAGAGGAAACUGUGAAGGAAGAAGUUGUGGUACCUGCUGAGGAGCCGGUUGCUGAGAAAUUUUCAGAUGCGCCUGUAGAAAUUGAACCCGAAGCUGUAGUGGAAGCUAAAGCAGAAGCUGAGGAGGUUGUGAAAGAAGAUGCUGUUGCAGAUACUAAUGUGGAGGAGGAGGAGGAGAAGACUACUACUGAGCAAGAUGAAGACAAGGUGGAGGCAGCAGUAGCUGAGGCGGAGGAGGAAACUAAGAAGACCGAAGAAUAAACAGAUUCCAUGCUUCAGAUCAGACUACUGGCGCUUUGUUUCUAGAGUUUGUGUUUGUUGAAAAUAAAGAGUUUGUGUUAACUAGUACUGUACUAAAUAUGUGUCAUGUAUCAUGUAUGGGUUAUGGCCUUAUGGGACUUUGCGAUGAUCAUAUAGAGGCUGAAGGGUAAGGUCACCAGAAAACGUACGCGAGGAGAUGUGAUCAGGGCGGUGCCUGUUGGAAUCACUCAUGUGGUAUGUGGUCACUUGUGUAAUAUUUGUCUCCAACAAUAAUGUCAUGUGCAAUUCAAUGGAAUGUUUUCAUUAAUUUA